AUGGCUUCAGAAGCAGACCUGAUGUUUCUGAUAUCAGGAAGGGAAACUGGACGUGUUUCUGGUGAACUGGCCUUCACUAACUUUGAUACUCAGAGACUGGAGGAGAUCACCAGCAAAGGAAUCCACAUCUCCAGCAACCAGGUCCAGUACUCUCUGAUCGACCAGAGUCCUGCAGCCAGGAUGCAGCAGUUCUGUUUGGACAGCCACAUUGAACUCCUGACGUACGGCACGCUGGCCGGUGGUUUCCUCUCUGAACGCUGUCUGGGGAAGGCAGCACCAACCUCCAGGGAGGACCUCAACACGGUGUCCCUCUCCAAGUACGAGAACAUGAUCAACACUCUCUUCCAGGACCUCCUCGUCGCCUUGGAGACCAUCGCCAGGAGACACGGCUGCUCGGUGGCCAGCAUGGCGACACAUUACGUGCUCGACUGCCCUGCGGUGGGCGGAGUCAUCGUGGGCUGUCGGCUCGGCGUGGCGUGGCGGCACAUCAACGACAUCCUGAGGAGCUGCAGCCACGGUCUGGAGCUGACGGAGGAGGACCUCAACGACAUCGAGGCGGAGACACGACGCUCCAGGAACCUGGUGGAGCUGAAAGGGGACUGAGGGGGAGGAGGGACUGACUGAGUGGAUGUGACAGGAGGAGGAAAUAAAACACACAACACCUCCACAGCUCAGACACACAACAGAGAAACACCUCCAC